AUGUUGUUUGCACUUUCCGCCCUAUCAGGCGCUGCUCAGGCACCAACAAGAUUGCUUGAGAUCACAACAAGACCAUACUUAUAUGGAUUGUCUCAGAAGUUAGGCAGACAAAUCACAACUUUCAAAGAUAUUCCAGAAACCGAAUUCCAAUCAUGGAAGGAAAAAGGUUUCGAAUGGGUUUGGUUCAUGGGUGUUUGGCAGAUUGGUGAAUACGGCCCACAACAUGACAGAACAGAUCCAGGAUUAAAGAAAUCCUUCGAUACAGUUUUACCAGGCUGGACAAACGACGAUGUUAUUGGCUCCCCAUAUUCCAUCACUGAAUACAAGCUCAACAAGCAACUCGGUACCGAAGAAGAUUUGAAGUGGCUCCGUGAAAAACUUCAUUCUUAUGGAAUGAAGCUUAUGCUCGACUUCGUUCCAAACCACUCCGCAUGCGAUGCCCCAACCAUCACAUCAAAGCUCAACUUCUACGUCCGUUGCCCACAGGGUCAAUCAAUUGAUCCAGCCAAGUACAUGAGCAACGGCAUCGCUUAUGGCUGUGGCAUCUGGUGCGCUCCAUGGACAGAUGUUGCCCAAUACAACUACGCUGAUGCUGAAUUCCGUCAACAUCAGAUCGACGUCCUUAAGUACAUCGCUUCCCUUGCUGAUGGCUGCCGCUGCGAUAUGGCUCACCUCAUCAUCAACGACGAAUUCUGGAACUACUGGCAGACACAACUCUCAUCUUGGGGCUAUUCCAAGCCAUCUACAGAAUUCUGGGCUGAUGCAAUCUCUGCUGUCAAGGCUGUUUAUCCAAACUUCAAGUUCAUGGCCGAGAGCUACGGUGAUGUCCUUUCCAAGCUCCAUUCCUUUGGAUUUGAUUGGGCAUACGACAAAGACCCACUUGACAAGAUCUACAAACACGAUGUCAAGGGCUACCAGCAGUACGUUGCUAACCACAACCUUGACUUCUUCUCAAAGACAGCUCACUUCACAGAAAAUCACGAUGAACCACGCGCCAUUUACAAAUUCUGGAACUGGAAUCCAGCAGCAGACUGCGCAACAGCUACAUUACUUACACUCCCAGGCUUGAGAUUCUUCAAUCAGGAUCAAUGGCUCGGAUACAAGAACAAGAUCGACGUUCACCUUCGUAGAGCAGUUUCUGAGAACCCACGCAGUGAUGUCUUCUCAUUCUACACACAGCUCUUCAAAGUUCUUGACACAGAUGCACUCAAGAACGGUCAGUUCACACAGUUGUGGGUUUCUGGAAGUGAUACAAUCCCAGCAUGGAAGUGGGUAUCCGGAAACCAGCACAUUUUGGUUGUCGCCAACUUCAAUGAGAACACAUCUGGCGGUUCUGUUGUAUUGAGCGAUGCUCCAGGAUCAGGAAACAUUGAUGUCAAGGAAUUAAUGUCCGGAACAACAUACCAGAGAGAUGCCCAGACACUUCGUACAUCUGGCCUCUAUGUGGUACUUUCUCAGUACCAAGUUCAGGUUUUCCAGUACUAA